UCAGUCUGUCUAGCUUUAUCAAGGAAACCGGAUCAAAAUUGCUUGCAUUCUUUGAAUCACAUAAAAAUUGUCGUGUUUUAUUGAAUACCAAGUGCUUCAAACACUGUUGUUCUCUCUCAUUAAUUUAUUAUUUAUUGUAACAGAGAUAGAUAAAUAAAAACCGUGUCAGAUAAUGCGUGGCAUACAUUUGCCGUUGCUGUUGCUAGUCACAGCAUUUACUGUAUUUACACAUGCAAAACAAAAUGCAAUACGAAAUCGUCGCAGCAUUGAAUUAUCAUCGGCUCAAAAGCUCAUCACCGACAAUCGUUUGCCAAAUGAUAUUGAACCGACCAGUUAUAUUCUUGAUUUACGUCCCGAUUUCGAAGCAUCAACGUUUACCGGAAAAAUUCGAAUGAAUUUAACGUGGAAAGCUGAAUCGAAAAUCAUUGAAUUGCACUCGCACUACGAAUUGCAAAUUGAUGAAUCCAACGUUAAAGUUCGAUUGCUUACCGACACCGAAUCUUUAUCACAAGCAAAACUCGUUGAUAUUAGACGAACAGAUAGAUUGCCAAAACGGCCCGUAUUUCAGGUGUAUCUUAAGGAACCAUUGAAAAAUGGCACUAAAUGUGAAUUGGAAAUCAAUUUCAAUGGUCACAUCUACGAGCAAGCUGAAGGUUUAUUCAAAGGCAGUUACACCAAUGAAAAUGGCGUCAAAGUCACAUACAUGGCCACACAAAAUCGGCCAAAUAAUGCUCGCAAAAUUUUCCCAUGCUUUGAUGAACCAUCAUUCAAAGUACCAUACACAGUCAGCAUAUCGAGACCAUCAAAUUAUUCCACCAUUUUCAAUAGUCAAGUUGUAUCGACCGAAAAAUUGGAAAAUAAAACGGAUUAUGUGAUCGAUUACUUCAAAACUACAACUCCACUGUCAACAUUCGCUUUCGGCUUCAUCAUUUCACAAUUGAAAAAAGUGAAUGCCACUCCAACUGCACUAGCUAAACCAACGAUUAAUGUUUGGGCUCGCAAAGAUUUACACGGCGAUUUAGUUGAUAUCUAUGAAAAAGUCUCGAUUACCUUGAAAUCUAUUCAAAAUUACUGGAAUAUUGAUUUCCCAUUGGAUGAAUUGAAUUUGGUGGCUGCACCAGGUUUAUCAACAGUUAAGCCAAUUGAUAAUUUGGGCUUGAUUCUAUUUAAAGAAAGUGAUUUGGUGAACCAAGGAUAUUAUUUAAUUGCACAAGAGCUGAUUUAUCAAUGGCUCGGUACAUGGAUCACUCCAUAUUGGUGGACCGAUGCUCAUGUAAACAAAGCAAUUGCUGGAUUUUUGGCAGCCUCAACAGCAAACGAAAUUGACAAUGGAAAAGAGUUUGAUGGAAAGUGGCCGAUGACAGUUUUAUACUCAAUUUAUUAUGAAUUCAGUAAACGAUACCCACAUUCCCGAAUCACCGCAAUGAAACAAGAGACAACAUGCAGUAAAACUGAAUUGGUACUUCGUAUGUUGAACUACACUCUGGGUGCUGAUACCUUUAAAAAUGGACUUCGAAAAUUAUUCCAAAAAGAAGAAUGCAAAGAUGUCUUCAUGAGUGAUGAUGUUUGGAAGUAUUUGACGCAACAAGCUCAAGCCGAUAAAAGCCUUCCGGAAGACGUGACUGUAAAUGAAAUCGCCGCCUCAUGGAUAACAAAAGAUCGUUUGCCAGUUGUGAGUGUUGAACGUGAUUAUGCGGCAAAUACGGCGGUUGUUGCGCAACGUGUUUAUUUACGUGAACGGCCGCAUGAUGUGCCCGAACAAGACAAAAUGCUAUGGUGGAUUCCGCUGAUUUUGAUAACGCAAGACAAUUUAAAUUUUAACAAUUUUAAACCGCAUCUGUGGAUGAAAAAGACACGUGACAUCAUCUUGACCAAUUUACCAACGGAAGAUAAAUUUAUAAUUGUCAAUCCGGAAGAAAUUGGCCCAUUUCCAGUCAAUUACGAUACAAGAAAUUGGAAUUUGCUCGCAUCAUUCUUGCAAUCAAAUGAAGGCCGCAAGCAAAUACCCACUUAUACAAGAGCAAAAUUGUUGCACGAUGCAUGGAAUCUUGCAUACGCUGGCGAUUUAAGCUUUGCAACUGCAUUCAAUAUGACUUUAUUUAUGAAAUAUGAACGCGAUCACUUGGUUUGGAAUCCAGUAUUCACAUUCAUUGAUCAUAUUGGGCGACACAUUGACAUGUCAAAUGUUCACAAAAAAUUCGAGAUUUAUGUACGAAUGCUAUUGACACCAUUGUACGAAGAGCUUGGUCCAGUGCCACAAGAACACGAAGAGAAAUGGAAGGACAAUUUAAGAUCAUUGGCAAAGACGUUCUUGUGUCGUGCUGGUUACAAGCCAUGCAUUGAAGAAGCUCAAAUCGCAUACCACAAAUGGAUGGACAGUGAAAAUCCAAAUGAAGGCAACCCCGUAUCAAAUCAAUUCAUUUGCCCUGUAUUCAAGUGGGGCACGACUGAAGAAUGGGAGUUUGGUUUGCAGCGUGUCAUCAAUUUUCCACCAUCACGAAAACCAAGUGAACGAACAUAUUUGCUGAAAACGCUUGCCGGAUGUCCGAUUAGUAAGGAGAAAAUUGAACGGCUGCUGAAUAUAACGAUAUUACAGGAAAAUGGCAAUUUCACCGAAAAUGAUCUAUUCCUAAUAUUCAGCAUGCUUUCGGGUGGAUCAAGUGGAUAUACAACGUUGUUCAAUUUCUUGCAAGAAAAUUGGGAUCAAAUCAAAAAGAACUUCAAGGACAAGACGAAUCUCUGGGAUAAUUUGAUAAGUUCAUCGACUGGUGUGUUUACAACGCAAGAAGGUUACGAUAUGGUAUCGAAUUUGUAUGCCAAACAUCAAGGUGAAUUUGGAAGUGCCGAUCAUAUAAUUGAAAAAUCAUUGAAAAACAUUAAAGAGGAGACCAAAUGGAGCGAUGCAAAUUUGCCUGUGAUUGAAAAAUGGUUGGACGACUAUUUGAAAACCGUGAAUGUCAAAGAUCAGAAAUUUUUAUAAAUAAAUAGAAGACCGAAAUUGUACUAGUUUUCAAUUAUCUCACACAAUUUCUCAAUUCACAUUUAAUAUCGAUUAUAUUAUUUUUUGUAAGAGUAUUGCGUAUAUUUAAAAAAAAAAGGAAUUCAAUACAGAAAAAAGGAACAUUUGAAACUUUUCAGUCACGAUCAAUAAACAAGCAAAUCAAAUAAAUACUUUUAAUUGUGAACGAAA